UUGAAUUUAGUUUCUAUCAAGAAAAAAAAAGUUGAGGAAAUUCUUGAUGCUUACGAAAAUAGUAAAAUUAAUAAAACUAAUCCAUCGACUGCCUCACAAGAUGACCAUGACAAGGAAGAAUUGAAAAGUACCAGUGAUGACUCCGAGAAUGAUGAUAUUACGAAGUUAAGAAAUGUAAUUUCGGAUCAGUCACAGAAAAUUAACAACAAGACAUAUGAUAACAAACCUGGAUGUAGUAAGAAUGGCGGCACAACGAUGACAGAAGUUUCUGACAAGCAAGGGUCGAAGAUUCAUGUAGUCAACCAACAAAAUGUAGGAUUAAAACCGGAUCAAUUCAACGAUUUGAAACGACAGCAAGAGUUAGAACAGCAGCAAGAAGAAUUGGAACGGCAGCAAGAGUUAGAACGGCAACAAGAGUUAGAACGGCAACAAGAGUUAGGACGGCAACAAGAGUUAGAACGGCAACAAGAGUUAGAACGGCAACAAGAGUUAGAACGGCAGCUGGACGUCGUACCAGAGCAAGGGUUAGCUCAAAGACCAAUAGUACAAGAUCAGCAAGUAAUUAGAAGACCGGAGGGUCCCCGUCACCGUAAUGAAUUGCGAAUAAAUCAGCAGCAUCGAUUACUGGAGGCUCAGAUUCGGCAACAGCGACUGCAAAACAGAAAUGCUAAUUACUUACAAAACGAUCAAUUUCUUGUUGGUGAUAAUUUUUACAUUUCAAGUGCUGCAUAUCGUGAUGCCUGCAACGCUGAUACUCCAGCGAAAUUUAUCACCGGUAUGGUGGAUGCCAUGUGGCCGCGGAACGUUCUGAUUGGAAAAGUGGUUAGAAAACAGAAAAAUACCGGUAACAGACAAGUUUUUACGCCUAGGAAGAUCGAGUUAUUGUCAUAUCAUUUUGAAAGUUUCUUAACAGAUCGCAAUUAUUCAGAAGAAAGAACGCGAAUAGAACUUAAAAAAAUGAAUACAUAUUUAGGCCGAGCAAUAACUUCUGCCAAAAAAAAAUUGGCACUAUAAAGUAAACAACCAAAUAUUAGAGAAUACGACACUAGACUGUUUAAAAAAAAUCGACAAAUUUCUUAUUUUUCAAUUAUAUAGAAAAUGUGAAAAAUUGUGAACAAAAAUACUGUGAAAGUUUCAGCUCUGAAUAUUAGUAUUAAGAGGUGUCGCAUCGUGAAUUUCAAAUUCCCAUCUAAAUAACAUGAGAACAACGUUCUCUUAGAUUUUCGAAUUUUGUAACUCACGUUAGAGAUAAUAUUUUUGAAUGAUCAAAACUUAUUCUUAUAGAGAAUUUUACGCUCGACAAAAACGGUUUUCUACAUUUUUUCGAUAUAUUUAUUUAUUCAAAAGUUAUUUAACAUCGAAGUUGGAUCGAUCUAAAAUUUUUACAUUUUCUUAUUUCCCGAAGCAACCAUCAACUUUAUUAAAAAAUUUUA